GCUAAUAUUUCACACAGAGCCACAUGUGAAAAAGAGGAAACAUUUGGAAGGGAUCUCAGAAAUCAUGUGACUGAUGACUCAGGUGAAAAAGAGUCUGAUGACUAGUUACUGAUCCUCUGUGCAUUUUUAAAGUUUUGGACAUAUUGAAUCAUGUUCGCAUUUAUGGUUUUUUCUACCCUGAUUUCUUCCAUAUUUACUGAACCUGGGAAGCAACACUGGGUCUGCAAAUCUGCUGAUGCAACUGUUUCAUACACCUACUGUGAUAACAUGGAAAUCCCUAUUUCAAUUAAUAUUGAGCCCUGUAUAACACUGAAGGGAACCCAAGGUUUAUUGCAUAUUUUCUACAUUCCAAGGAGAGACAUGAAUCAAUUAUAUUUUAAUCUCUACAUAUCUUUCAACUCCAUGGAUUUGCCAAAGCGCAAAGAAGUUAUCUGCAAAGGAUCUGAUGAUGUGUAUUCUUUCUGCAGAGCUCUGAAGGGAGAGACUGUGAAUACAACAGUACCAUUUUCCUUCAAGGGCAUACGGCUUUCUAAGGGACAAUACAGAUGUGUUGUAGAAGCCAUAGCUGGGAGUGCUGAAGAAAUGAUCUUUUGCUUGAAUUUUACUAUCAUACACAACCCACGUGUCAAUUAGAAUA